GCAUUGCAAAUCUUCUUCUAGGUUGAUUAAUUGUGAGAAUGCAAAUUAAAUAAUAUUAAUUUUUAUUUUUUUUUGAAAGCCCCUUCACCCAAUCGGAGAAAGCUACGCGUUUACACCGCGUAGGAUUCGGAAGAAGGAAUCUCCGCCGCCGUUCAUCCAGAGGUUUCUAAUUUUCUUCUAAAAUAGUUUCCAAUUCCUUAACUUUCUUCUCAAGUCAACUCGAAUCCUAUAAAUAGCCCAAAUUUCAUCAUAAUCUUCUCCUCCUCUAACAUCUAACAAACCAAAUUUGCAACCACAAUUUCAUCUCUAUUUCUAAUCCUUUUUUUCAGUUCCAAAUCAGAAGACCUUCUGACGAAGAAACCACCAUGGCCGCCGCUGGAGGAACAGAGGCUUUCCCUGAUCUUGGCCGCCACUGCCAGCACUCCGAUUGCCACCAACUCGAUUUCCUUCCUUUCACCUGCGACGGUUGCCAAAAGGUGUUCUGUUUGGAGCAUCGCGGUUUCAAAUCCCACGACUGCCCGAAAUCUGAUCGGAACAGUAGAAAAGUUGUGGUCUGCGAAAUCUGCUCGAUGUCGAUCGAGACCACCGGGAAGGACGGCGGCGACGAGAGCAGGAUUUUGGAGAGGCAUCACGAAUCAGGAGAUUGCGAUCCAAGGAAGAAGAAAAAGCCCACUUGUUCAGCGAGGCGGUGCCGGGAAAUUCUUACGUUUUCCAAUACUUGUGUGUGUAAAACCUGCCGUUUGAAGGUGUGUUUGAAGCACCGGUUUCCGGCGGAGCAUAAUUGUGGACGGGUGGAUACAGGGCGGUGGAAUGAGAAGUUUAUGGCGGCUUUGGAAUUGAGGAGCGGCGGCGAUUGUGGGAAAAGGGGACGUCCGACGGCGGCUAAUGGGUCUUCCCCAUCUGUUAAAGCUUGUUGAUCGCUUUCUAGAGGGAAAUUAAUUUAUGAACCAUUAGAUUUUGGUCGCUGUUCCUCCGUUCUGUUCUUAUAAAGAAUGGUCAUAAAUUUCAACCCCUCUUUCUAAAAGUACUUGUCUUAAUAAAAUAAAAUAAAAUAAAAUAAAAUAAAUAAUAUUAAAGCUG